AGACGGAUCGCGCCCCGGCCCCGGCCCGGCCCCGGCCCCAUGGAGAAGCGCGAGGCGGAGGCGUGCGCCCGGUAGGGGUGUGAACGAGGAGCAGGACCUGCCUGGAGAAAACCAUGAACUUGGACAGUCUCCUCACAGCUGGGCUGGGCUUUCCUGGCUGGAGUGAGCCCCUGCCCUUGACCAAAUGUGCCAGUGGGCAGGAGGAACCUGGCGGGAGUUCCACUUGUGAAAGUGGCUACCUCAGUCUGAAUGGCACAAGCCCAGAAAGUGGUGAUGCCUCCAGCAUGGCAGAUCCAGAGUCGUGGAGCUCUUUGGAGCGGGACCACUCGGAGAUGCAGAUGAAAGUGGACUUCUUCCGCAAACUGGGCUAUUCGUCAGAAGAGAUCUUGAUCGUCCUCCAAAAGCAUGGCUUAAAUGCUGAUACCAACACAGUCCUCGGGGAGCUGGUUAAGCAUGGGAUGGUCGUGGGGGAGAGGGACCUUGCUGAUGCACCGCAGGAGGCCCCCCAGACGCCACUGGUUCCACGGAGAGGUGCAGCCAACACAAGCCCCCCACACCCCGGGCCUUCAGAGGGGAGAGAGCAAGAGAACUUGCGACCAAUCGUCAUAGAUGGAAGCAACGUGGCCAUGAGUCAUGGGGACAAAGACGUCUUCUCCUGUCGUGGCAUCCUGCUAGCUGUGAACUGGUUUCUUGAUCGAGGCCACACAGACAUCACUGUCUUUGUGCCUUCCUGGAGAAAAGAGCAGCCAAGACCCGAUGUUCCCAUCACAGACCAGCACAUCCUCGGUGACCUUGAGAAGAAGAAGAUCCUUGUCUUCACGCCUUCCCGGCGGGUGGGGGGCAAGCGGGUGGUCUGCUACGACGACCGCUUCAUUGUGAAGUUGGCGUAUGAGUCGGACGGCAUCGUGGUUUCUAACGACGUCUACCGCGACUUGCAGACCGAACGGCCUGAGUGGAAGAAGUUCAUUGAGGAGCGCUUGCUGAUGUAUUCGUUCGUUAACGACAAGUUCAUGCCUCCUGAUGACCCACUUGGGCGCCAUGGGCCCAGCCUGGACAACUUCCUGCGAAAGAAGCCGGUGGUUCCUGAGCACAAGAAGCAGCAGUGCCCUUAUGGGAAGAAAUGCACGUAUGGGAUCAAGUGCAAGUUCUACCACCCCGAGCGGCUUCACCAGCUGCAGCGCUCCGUUGCGGAUGAGCUCCGAGCCAAUGCCAGGCUCUCUCCAACCAGGUGUGCUGCAGCUGCCAAGGAGGAGAGGAUGAACCAGCGACCCUCCCAGGCUGAAUUCCUGGGUCCUGUGCCCCCCGAGGGUGAGAAGAAAAGCUCUGCUCUGAAGGCCAAGCAUGGUGACUUCAAAGGGAGUGGCCACUUGGGUAGUGCUCCUGCUAAGAAGAGUGGCGGCGGCAGCGGCUACAAGCCUGCUGACUGGUACCAGCCCACGUCUCCCCACAUGGACUCCCUCUCUUACGUUUCCCAGGAUCUCCUCGACUCAGGCAUUGGCUCCCUUGAGAACCAGUUCUCUGAGAUGUGGCCCAGCCCCCCAGCUGCCCACCCCAAGCACUCCCACCAAGAGCCGCUUGUGCUGGGGGGCAGCAGGGGGCAGCAGCCUGUCUACCAGCACUCCCCCGGCUGCCCUGAAUCACACAGCUACAGCCAGUACCAGCCCCGGAGCUAUCGCAAGCCCAUGUCGGCAUCCGGCUCCCGGCUCCCGUACAGCCCAGAGCCGUCUUCUGGUCGGCUGGCUGCUCACUCCUUCCCAGGCUACAGCCUGCCUGCUGACUCCCCUCUGGGGCCCGGGCAGCAGUUUUGGUCCGAGCCCUACCAUCCGACGCCUGCAGCGCACAGAGCCCCCCGACUGGCCUACGACAACUCUCACCAGUGGGCCGCACCAGACCGCUUUGCGGAGGAGCGGGCCAACGUGCACAUCAAACUGUGUGGGAUCUUCCACCCUCACCUGGUGGAUGCUGUCAUGAGCCGCUUCCCACAACUCUUGGACCCGCAGCAGCUUGCUGCCAAAAUCCUUACCUACAAGACCCAGAAUCCCGGGGUGUGAAGCAGCGGCAGCGGCGGAGGAAGAAAGGUCUGUUAUUCCCAUGGGGAGAAUGCUCCUUCUCCAGCUCCUGUUGGACAUUUGAGGCCUUCAUAGGCCAGUGGCUGCUUAUGGUCAGUAGGAAGCUGUCCUCUUCUGGGGAGGGCCGAGGUGGAGCCUGGCCCGUGCAUGGCUCAAGCAGGAUCAGACGGUUGGCCUAAGGCUGUAUAGAAACACCCGCAAUGCCUGCGUUUACAUCCCCGGGAACGGCUCCCUGUUCCCAGCCACCAGUUCCCUCCUGCUCCUCAUUCCACGUCAAGUGCUGUCCAGCACCCUUUCCCCAGCACCACGGACUCCCAUGUGGUUAUUGGUAUCAAGGCUCUUCCAGGGUGGGGUCUGCUGUGCCAAACAAACACAAGCUGGAGGUGUGCGUGGUCUAACACACAUAGGCAAUUUAUGGCCCUCCAGAUGUUUUAGCUUACAGCUGCCAUCAGCCCUAGCCAGCAUAGCAGUGGUAAAGGAUAAUGGGAGCUGUAGGCCAAUCAAGCUGGCCAUCCCCUAGUCUCAUGGCACAUGAUGAUGUAGCUAGUUUGCUGUAGCUAAGCAGCCUGGAUCCGGUGGAGUCUGGAGGGGAGAAACCCCCUACAUGCUGCCUUGGGUUCAAUAGUAGAAGAAAGGUGGGAUAUAAACUUAAUAAAAUAAAGGGUAGACUCAGCCCUUGGAAUCAUCGUCAAGGCCUGCAUCGCUCUGACCUUGUCUCUAAAUGCUGGCUUUCUUUAGGAAGUUUGGGACAACAGCCCAAUCUGGGUGGCCUUUUCUGCUUACCAUAUAUAGCAUGUCUAGGCUGACUUGGGGUGACUGUGGAGAAAAGUUGGAAGUGUGCAAACGCAUUGUCUGUCAAAUGAGAAGGGGACCCACGGAUAGAGGGUGAUGGCUGAGAUCCUUGUUCCUCUCUCCUACUGGGCAUCAUGACACUCCACUUAACUUCAGACUAUCUCCAGUGCUAUAGAAAGGUGCAUCUCUGACUAGGUGAGAGGCUAUCUACUUUGUACUCCUUCUGUAACGGCUCAGUCUUGAUGACUGGUAAGUCUGAUAUUAACGCUUAUAGAUACUUUCGGUAAUGAAUUCGUAGCAAUUGAUUCUGGUUCCUGCUUUUUUUUUAAAAAAGUGUGUGAUUCACUUGCAGGCCAGGAGCAGUUGAUCCGUUGAUACAUAUUGUAUCCCUCUGUAUACGUUCGGUAUUCUUUUAAGUGGUCCAUCUGGCGGUUUAAGCUGAGGCUGUCCUUCGUGGCAGUGGCUGAGGGAAGAGCACGGCACAAGCUCCUGGGAGGGCGUUGAGAGGCGGCUGUGGCCGUCCCCGCUGCAACGGGCUCCUUCCCUCUUCCGUGUGCCACAGGGAUGGACCAGCCGUGCUAGCACUGUGUGCUGCAGGGACUACCUGGACAAAGAAAACCCUGUAAGCCUGGUUAAUUAUGAUGCAUCACAGAACUGUGAUGUUUCAUGUUAGUAAGCAAAAUGCUUUGUAAUCUUAUAUAACUUGCACAUUUUGUAAAUUUCAGGAGAUACGGUUUUUAAUAGAAUGGAAUUGUUAACAGAAGCUCCCUUGGUGAUGCUGGUUUUUCUGGAACACUUGGGAACUUACAGUAUCUCUCUCUGUAAUUAAUUAAUUAAUUGUAUUUCUCUCUCUUUCUAAAGCAAUAAUGGCUGUGUUGUACAAAUAAAAGGCUGUGUUUGCUGA